AUGAUCACGCUAAUGCCCGACCACAACUUACGAGACCUGGCCCACGCAGCCACCGGGAUCACUCGCAUACUCAAACGCCUGGCUGCGGCUGAAGAUAUUCGUGAGCUGUACUUUGAAGACGCGGUACGCACACGGGCGUUAGUCGCAAGCAGACGCCUCAAGAAGAGAUCCGGCCCGUACACGUACAUGGUACUGCAUAAAGAUGUACCGCAGAUCAUCGAGUUUCAGAACCCACGACGUGACACAGAAGCGCUGGCCACUAUGCGGGAGUAUAUCGCACAGGGCCACGCCUACGAGGCGAACGUUUUCCACGUGAUAACAGAUCUGGAGUACUACUCGUGGAUGCUGGUCGCCGUGGUAACGGACGAAGUGGCGACGAACGUCUUCAACCGGGAGGCGCGUUUGGUCAUUGGGAACAUCACGCUGUGCAAUAACUGCGGUGCUGCGCCGGUGGGUAGCAAUAACUUGCUGAGGUGUGCCAACUGCCGAAUGGCCAACUACUGUAACGCCCAAUGCCAGAAAGACCACUGGCAAACACACAAGUCCGAGUGCAGGCGCAAUUUAAUUGACGAUACGCUCGACCCAGAACUCGACUAG